CAGACAUGUUUUUAUAGCGGAGAAACGUUGCAUUUGAGUUGCAUGCGCGUUGACGUGCUCCACAUGCUGAUGAAGACAACAGGGCGACGCUUUCUUUCACGCGACCGUGUCGAUAUCCAGGGAUAGCGUCAGUAUCGAUCGAUAUUUAAAUGAAGAAGAGGCUUGUUGUCAUGCAGACUGACUGACCCUGCGCUCACCCACCUACUCUCUUGUGCAUAAACCAAUUAAAAAAAAAAAAGCACACAGUUCUCAGACAAGUCGAGAUGUCUGACGACGCUGACCCUGCGCUGCCUCUUGCCUCUCCUCGCACAUCGCUGCCAAUGUCCUUCCCCUUCUUGAGGGAGGGCAGCCGGGUGUGGGAGAAGGAGAAGGAGAGGAAGCCUCCCCAGUUUGGGGGAGGAGAGCUUCCCAGCCCACUGCCCACCAAACGCACGCGCACGUAUUCAGCGACAGUACGAGCCAAAUCAGGUCCCGUCUUCAAAGGUGUGUGUAAAAAAUUCUCCCGCUCUCAAGGUCACGGAUUCAUUCGGCCGUCUCACGGGGGAGAGGACAUCUUUGUGCACGUCUCAGAUAUCGAGGGAGAAUAUGUGCCAGUGGAAGGAGACGAAGUGACGUACAAGGUGUGUGCCGUUCCACCCAAGAACCAGAAGAUCCAAGCGGUGGAGGUGGUCAUCACCCACCUGAAUCCAGGAACCAAGCAUGAGACCUGGUCUGGUCAGAUCAUCAGCUCCUAGGAUUACUUUCAGAUUAUAAAAGGCUUUGUCAGGUGUGAAGAGAGCGAUGGCGAGCAGGCGGGUUAAGAAACGUUAAGGAGCUGAAGGUGUGUGAUGUCGUUUUGAGCUAAUUUGACAAAGUGAAUGAACAGAAAUGCAGACAGGAAAGUUGUAGCGUUACAUAUCGACUUACUGGCCACAACAUUAGGUACCCUCUAAUGGCAUAACGCUCAGUCAAAAAAAUAUUAAUUUACAUUUAAUGCAUAUUUUGUCACUUUUAUGUAACAAAAUCGGUGUUAACCCGGAUAUAAGACAUAUUUUACAAAAUAGUUAGAAAAUAUUUUGUCGCCAAUUAAUCAAAGCGUGAACAGCCAUUUGGUUGCAGAGGGAGAACGUGGGAAAGUUGAACCAACAGUGCUAUCAUGUGGCCAAAUGACACCAAGACAAUUUUUUUGACUUGCGUGGUUUAUAUUUGCAUAUAGGAUGAUGUAGCCUAGGAUAUAGCCAUAUUUAUUUGUUUACAUGCGACUAAUUGGUAUCCUAAUUUUCAAUUACUUUAUUGUUUACAUUUUGAGUAUGACAAUGUUUUAUAUUAAUAGCUAGAAAAUAGUCAUCCUAUAUGCAAAUAUAAAAGGUAUCAUUCAAAAAGUUGUCUUGGUUUCAGUUGGCCACAUGAUCAAUUAAAAGUUUAUUUAUAUGGCCCUUCAUCUCUGUGCCCUUAGGGUCUCAAAGGGCACUGUUGGCUCAAGAUUCCCCACCCUCGCCCUCUGCAACCAAAUGGCUUUUCACGCUUCAAUUAACCGACGAAAAGCUUUUUUCCACAAGAAAGUAUAGCUUCAUGUUUGAUUGUCUGUUAACAUUUGCUUUGACAGCGGCUGCCUUACUUACAAUGACACAACACGAUGCCAAAAUCAUUAUAAAACGACAUUUGUCAUAAAGCUGGUUUUAUUUCACAGAUUUUCACUAUUCAAACAGCAGGCACAAGACAUUAUAACAAUGCUGAGAACUUAUUAAAUUAGGUCCUGACGUUGAGCAACUCAAACCUAACGUUGAAACGACAUGCUUUUUGACGACAUUUAAUCAAAGUUGGUUUUGACGUUGAUUUGACUAUUGAAUUUUGGUCAUUUUCCAACCAAUAUUCUACAACACAACGUUUAAACAACAUGCUGAUGUUUAUUUAAUGUCAGGUUGUGACGUUGAUUUGACCUUUGAAAUGUGGUCAUUUCCCAAACAACAACGUGGAUCCAACGUUGGACAUCAACAUUGUCUCAAUUUACAAAUACAACUGUUUUGCAAGGUUAUUUCAAAGUCAGUUUUAAAGGACAUGUAUGUACAAUGUCUUGUGGCUGCUGGAGUAAAUUUUUGUCAACGCAACCAAUUAUGGUGGGCUUGAAAUUUCCACAUCCCUCUAUCCAUAUUUACAGUAUUUGUUUUCAUGAGACUAAUUCGCAUCAUCAUUUUUCAUGUAUGUAUUGUUUACAUUUGAGUAUGGUAUAGUUGUUUUUUUUACAUUAGCAGAAAAAAACACAACAAAUCACCAUUAAUAAGAGUAGGUGUGCCUUCAUCUCCCCACAGGUGAUUAUUUUCUAUUUUAAUACUGUAGUAACACUGGAAAGUGUGGAAACAAAGCAAUAUUAUAGUAGCGAGCUUCAAAUUUCAACGGCCACAGGGUUUGGGAUUUGAGUAAGGGAAUUUGAAGGCAGAAAGACAGGAAGAAAUUAAAAGUGAAAGAGCAAGUAAAACAAUGAUAAAUAAGCAAGUCAGCAGUCCACAAACUGAGGGUUAAAGAAAAUUAUAGGUAAAGAUAAAGGUUAUGGGGUAUUUAUUUUUCCAACAAAUAGAGAGAAUAAAUGAGGACGGUCAGUCAGCCUGCAGAUAUUGUUCUGCUAAUUUGGGAGGUGAGCUUAUUUAUUUAUUGACUUAUUUAUUUAUUGGAAUUUCAGUAUUUUAAGGCUUCCUUUUUAUGCAUUUUAGCAAGCUUGUUUAAAUACAUUUCUGACAAAGGAAAAAACAAUAAUUCUGACUUUUAUUUAAAAUCUGAAGGAACUGUCCAAAUGAAGUGUUUUUUGUUUUAAACGGUAUUUUAAAAAAAAUUACAAUGUGUUCCAUGUUGCCGUCUUUAAUAAGAUGUUUGUAUGGUCUUUGCAUAUUUAAUUUGUCAAGCAUCACUGACUGUUCAACUGUUGUAACACACAGUAUUGUGUGGAUUUUAUCCGCAGUAUGUUUGUGUUUAAAAGCACCUUUUUAAUAAUCACUGUGACCUUCGAAAAUGUUUGAAUAAAUUAACAGUAUUCAAAUAUA